AUGACAGGUGAUUCGGUAGAAAUAAAAGAGGUCGUACUUCGCGAUAUAGAGCCGCUUAUACGCCAGAAACUCGGGGAUCAUGUAAUCGUCGAAAAUUUCAAGGCACAGUCUUUGCUACCGCCUGGGGAGAAUUUUGGGAGUACGAUUCUAAAAGUUGACGUGGAACUGCGAGACGAACAUGCAGAAAAGACGGAAGAACUUCAUCUCAUCGGGAAGAUGUUACCACUGACAGAGUUUCAGCGACUAGUGUUCGACAGUUCUCGGACAUUUUUCAAAGAGACCUUUAUGUAUCAGACUAUCAUUCCGGCGUACAAUAAGGUGGAGCUUGAAUCUGGAGUGAAUAUCCACGAGACGUUCGACAUCGUACCGAAAUUCUAUGGAUGGAGAAGUUCCAUACAACCAGAUGUUGAACUCGACGACGACGCGGUUUUCUUGAUGGAGAACUUGAAAGUUAAAGGCUACUACAAUGGUGAUAGGACUGUAGGUUACGACUUGGAACAUUCUAUAAUAGCCGUCAAAGCUUUGGCCAAGUUUCAUGCUUUAGGAAUGGCGAUCAAACAGAAGAAACCGGGCCUGUUCGAAGUGUUCAAAAUGCACGCGAAAUUAUCGCCGAUGGUGGGCGAUGAUACGCUUGUACUCGAAGCGAUGUUGCAAACGAUAAAAAGCGAUCCAGAAUUGAGUGUCUAUUACAGUAGAUGCGAGAAGGUUCUCAAAGAAAUGAGGAUAUCGGUUAUUUGGUCAGACGUACCCAGAGAGCCAUGGAUGACAAUUAUACACUCAGACUUCUGGGUGAACAAUAUAUUGUUCCAUCGUAACGACGAGGGCAAAGUCGACGACGUGAAAUUCGUCGAUUUCCAAUUGUACGUAUACAGCAGCGCGAUACGCGAUUUGCUAUUCUAUCUGUUCUCCAGCAUUCAUAGCGAUAUCACGGAGGAGCAGCUCGAGGGCCUUAUGGAUGUGUAUUACAACACGCUCAUAGAAAAGCUGAAUCAAUUAGGAUGCGACACUAAGUGUUUUAAUAAAGAGGCGUUCAGAGAAAAGAUGGCGGAGGAUGCUCCGAGGGAGUUUGUACAUCUUUGCUUUAUGCUCAAGGUGCUCACGCUGGACGUGAAGCAGACUAACUUUGAUUAUGUCAGAAUACAAAAGUUUAUGGAGCAGUACGAAGGCAAUCAGUUGUUAAGCAAACUACUCCGUAAAGUCGUGAUGUAUUUCUGUAAACAUAACUGGUUACCCGAAUUGAACGAGACACCUGAAUAA